UUGGGAUAUAGAUUUUCUUGAUAUCCCAAUCGGGAUAUCGAAUUAUAUCCUGAUCGGGAUAUAAUUUCAAACUAUAUCCCGUUCGGGAUAUAAAAAAAAUUUUGCUGCAAAAAAUGAUAUCCCAAUCAGGAUAUAUAUCCCGAUUGGGAGUAUAUCCCGAUCGGGAUAUGUCUCCACACUGUCAGAAACAGUGUGAAGUCUUAUGAACUAGCAACUUUUUUUGACGAGAUUUAGUGGAAAAAAAUCAUUUUUUCAAAAGUCCAGGGCAGACCCCCUCUGGCUACGACCCUGUUUUGGUGAAUGAUAAUGACGAUAUUGACGAAGGUUUUUUUUAUUAUGACUAAUUCAGGACUGUAUUACAAAUUCUAUCUGAUUGUGGUAAUAGUAGACUGAGUUUCUUUCUACUACAUAUUGUUGUAAGUAUCAAUAAGUGGGAAUGUAACACAUCAUAUAUAUUUUGACAUGUUUUCUUCUUAGUAGUCAUUUUUCAGUUGAUGAUAAUAUAAGUUAUACGUCGGAAGCUUGAAAAUAAACAUAGAUUUUGUAAAAGUCCUUAGUAGAAGUUUCAUACUCAGUUUGUUUGUUCUCUUUCUCACACUGCUUUACGCUAAAGUUGCGCAGCAUUUAGUUUUAACAGAAGGUAAAAGUGAAAUGUAAUGCAGAAUUAUCUACUCUGCAAUAGUAGAUAUAACCAGAGUCAAAGUCCUGAAACUGACGUUAGCCAUUGGCUGUACAGUUUGAGAGGGAGUAAGAAAGGUUCUACAUACAAGCAAAAGUGUUCUGACACAAUCCCGUUGCUUUUAAGAGACCGCGGCUAUUGCUAUUAUUCUGGUGGUAAUGGAAAACAAACUAACGGCCAAACGGAUAAUGGUAUAUCCAAUAUGUCACAGUUUAUUAAUUUAACAGCUUAUUCAAAAGGCAUCGAUCAACAAUUAUUGUCUUUUACCGUGUCUGCAUUUCUGGGCGGUGUUGGUGAACAAAAGGAUGAUGCCAAGGUUAUUGUUGAUUUUAUGGAUAAAGAUUAUCAUAAAAUAGCUUCACUACAAAUUGGACCGGUUUCCGCAAGUGAUAGACAGAAUAAAACGUCAAUGCUUUAUCGAACAAAUACUGGUAAAAUUAAAUCGUUAACACGCUAUGCUAACGUAUAUUUGGUAAUGACACGGCAAUCUGAUGUGAACAAAUAUGGAACAAACAAUGAUGGAAAUGCUGAUAAUAUUUUAUUUAUGAUUACGCAAACUGGUGAGUAA